AUGGUGGACUCCGAUUCUCAAGCCUAUGUAAAGAAACUAUUAGUAGAUGGCCUUGCAUCAACGGAAGGUGAAAAAUGGGGAAAAUUGCGAAAGCUGGCCAACCAUGCCUUCCAUGGAGAUAGCUUAAAGAGUAUGAUUCCAACAAUGACAGCUAGUGUUGAGACGAUGUUAGUAAGGUGGAAAAAACAUGAAGGCAAAGAGAUUGAGGUGUUUGAAGAAUUUAGAUUGUUGACUUCAGAAGUGGUUUCCAGGACAGCAUUUGGCAGCAGCUACUUAGAAGGGAAGAACGUUUUUGAGAUGUUGAUGAGGUUAUACUUCUUGAUAUUCAAAAAUUUGUUCAAAUUCAGUUUUCCUGGCAUCAGUAAGCUUAUUAAAACCAAGGAUGAGGUCGAAUCAAAGAAGCUAGAGAAAGGAAUACGUGAGGGAAUAAUAGAGAUUGUCAAGAAACGAGAAGAGAAGGCGAUAAUGAUUGGAGAAACAGACAGCUUUGGGAGUGAUUUUCUUGGAUUACUUUUAAAGGCUCAUCAUGAUUCCAAAGAGAAGCAGAGGAUUUCGGUGGAUGAUUUGGUUGACAAAUGCAAGACAUUUUAUUUUGCUGGCCAAGAAACCACUAAUACUUUGCUGGCUUGGACUGUCUUUCUCCUGGUACUCCAUACAGAUUGGCAAGAGGAAGCAAGAAAGGAGAUCCUGCAAAUAUUUGGCAAACAAGCUCCAAACUCUGAUGGCCUUGCCAAACUAAAAACAAUGGGUAUGAUCAUCAAUGUCUUAAGGUUGUAUCCUCCUAUUGUUUCCAUUGCAAGGAAAGUUGAAAGGGAACUUAGACUAGGAAAGCUCAUAGUUCCUGCUAAUGUUGAAAUAUUCAUCCCAAGUCUAGCAAUUCACCAUGAGCCUCAACUCUGGGGAGAAGACGUGCACCUUUUCAAACCGGAGCAAUUCUCUGAAGGGAUUGCUAAAGCCACAAAGAACAGAAUAGCUGCAUUCUUACCCUUUGUAAUGGGACCUCGAAAUUGCGUUGGGUUCAACACUGAAGCAAAGAUUGUUUUGUCAAUGAUUCUACAACGCUACUCCUUCACCCUUUCCCCUGCUUAUGUCCACUCUCCUUUGCAGUACAUUACAGUUCGCCCACAACACGGAGUUCAAGUAAUUCUACACUCACUGUGA